UCGCUGCCUCGCCUCCUGUCUUGGUGCUCUGCCGGGGGACCCCCCAAGGAGCCAGUGUGCGCUGCGGGUUGGGAGGGAGGCGCCGCUCAGCCAGUGCUCCUCCUCCUCUUCCUCCUGCUGCCGCCGCCGGUGCCCAGCCCGUGCGCACCCCGACACCCCCGCCAGCCGGGCCUCGGGGCACAUCUCCAGACUUUGAUUUGGCUGAAGUAACUUAUGCCACAGAGCUGUGGGCAUGCCUGGAAUUGAGAGACACAGAUAAAAGACUGCAAAUUGCUUCCUGCCUUUUGAAAACUCCAGAAGACCAUCCCUUUGGACUCUGGAAUUCUACACAUCUCAACUGAGACUUUGCUUGAAUGUUUACAUUUUCUGCUUGCUGUGCUACAUAUCACUAUAUAGUGUUCACCUGUUGUUAAAAUUUACGCGCGUUAGGGGUUGAGCUUUUUCAGCAAGCCAGCAUGGCUAGGAUGAGCUUUGUUUUAGCAGCUUGCCAAUUGGUGCUGGGCUUGCUAAUGACUUCAUUAACUGGAUCUUCGCUACAAAAUACUGAGUGUCCACAACUUUGUGUAUGUGAAAUUAGGCCCUGGUUUACCCCACAGUCAACAUACAGAGAAGCCACCACUGUUGAUUGCAAUGAUCUCCGCUUAACAAGGAUUCCCAGCAACCUUUCCAGUGAUACACAAGUGCUUCUCCUACAGAGCAAUAACAUCGCCAAGACCGUGGAUGAGCUUCAGCAGCUUUUCAACUUAACUGAGCUAGAUUUCUCCCAAAACAACUUUACAAAUAUUAAGGAGGUAGGGCUGGCAAACCUGACCCAGCUCACUACUCUACAUUUGGAGGAAAAUCAGAUUACGGAAAUGACUGAUUACUGUCUGCAAGAUCUCAGCAACCUUCAAGAACUCUACAUCAACCAUAACCAGAUUAGCACUAUUUCUGCUAAUGCUUUUUCAGGCUUAAAAAAUCUUUUAAGGCUCCACCUGAACUCUAACAAAUUGAAAGUUAUUGAUAGCCGCUGGUUUGAUUCAACACCCAACCUGGAAAUUCUCAUGAUUGGGGAAAAUCCUGUGAUUGGAAUUCUGGAUAUGAACUUCAAAUCCCUCUCAAAUUUGAGAAGCUUGGUUUUGGCAGGAAUGUAUCUCACUGAUGUUCCUGGAAAUGCCUUGGUGGGCUUGGAUAGCCUCGAGAGUCUGUCAUUUUAUGAUAACAAACUGAUCCAAGUCCCUCAACUUGCUCUGCAAAAAGUUCCAAAUUUGAAAUUCUUAGACCUCAACAAAAACCCCAUCCACAAAAUCCAAGAAGGAGACUUCAAAAAUAUGCUUCGGUUAAAAGAACUGGGAAUCAACAAUAUGGGGGAUCUCGUCUCCGUGGACCGCUAUGCCCUGGAUAACUUGCCUGAACUCACAAAGCUAGAAGCCACCAAUAACCCCAAAUUAUCCUACAUCCACCGCUUAGCUUUUCGAAGUGUUCCUGCCCUGGAAAGCUUGAUGUUGAACAACAAUGCCUUGAAUGCCAUUUAUCAAAAGACGGUAGAAUCCCUUCCCAAUCUGCGUGAGAUCAGCAUCCAUAGCAAUCCCCUGAGAUGUGACUGUGUCAUCCACUGGAUUAACUCCAACAAGACAAACAUCCGCUUCAUGGAGCCCUUAUCCAUGUUCUGUGCCAUGCCGCCCGAAUAUAGAGGGCAGCAGGUGAAAGAAGUUUUAAUCCAGGAUUCAAGUGAACAGUGCCUCCCAAUGAUAUCUCAUGACACAUUCCCAAAUCAUUUAAACAUGGAUAUUGGCACAACAGUUUUCCUAGACUGUCGGGCGAUGGCUGAGCCAGAACCUGAAAUUUACUGGGUCACUCCCCUUGGAAAUAAGAUAACUGUAGAAACCGUUGCAGAUAAAUACAAGCUAAGUAGUGAAGGUACCUUGGAAAUAGCUAACAUACAAAUUGAAGACUCAGGAAGGUACACCUGUGUUGCCCAGAAUGUCGAAGGUGCAGACACUCGCGUGGUGACAAUUAAGGUUAAUGGAACCCUUCUGGAUGGUACCCAGGUGCUGAAAAUAUAUGUCAAGCAGACAGAAUCUCAUUCCAUUUUAGUGUCCUGGAAAGUUAAUUCCAAUGUCAUGACAUCAAACUUAAAAUGGUCAUCUGCUACCAUGAAGAUUGACAACCCCCACAUAACAUAUACUGCCAGGGUCCCAGUAGAUGUUCACGAGUACAACCUAACACAUCUGCAGCCUUCCACAGAUUAUGAAGUGUGUCUCACAGUGUCCAAUAUUCAUCAGCAGACUCAAAAGUCAUGUGUUAAUGUCACAACCAAAAAUGCUGCCUUCGCACUGGACAUUUCUGAUCAAGAAACCAGUACAGCCCUUGCUGCAGUAAUGGGGUCCAUGUUUGCCGUCAUUAGUCUUGUGUCCAUUGCUGUGUACAUUGCCAAAAGAUUUAAGAGAAAAAGCUACCACCAUUCAUUAAAAAAGUAUAUGCAAAAGACCUCUUCAAUCCCACUAAAUGAGCUAUACCCACCACUCAUUAACCUCUGGGAAGGUGACAGCGAGAAAGACAAAGAUGGUUCUGCAGACACCAAGCCAACCCAGGUUGACACAUCCAGAAGCUAUUACAUGUGGUAACUCAGUGGAUAUUUUGCUUCUGGUAGUAAGGAGCACAAAGACGUUUUUGCUUUAUUCUGCAAAAGUAACAAGUUGAAGACUUUUGUAUUUUUGACUUUGCUAGUUUGUGGCAGAGUGGAGAGCAUGGGUGGAUAUUUCAAAUUUUUUUAGUAUAGCGUAUCGCAAGGGUUUGACAAGACUGGCAGCAUCUCUAGGCUUCCAGUUUGUGUGUGGUUUUUAUUCUUAUCAUUAUUAUGAUUAUUAUUAUUAUUAUUAUUAUUAUUAUUAUUUUGUUUUAGUUGUGCUAAAUUCAAUAAUGCUGUUCUAACUACAGUGCUCAAUAAAAUGAUUAAUGACA